AUGUUGCGGCCUUCCGGACGUCUCUUGCGACAGCGACUGCCGGUGGGUAUCCGCGCAACGUCACGUAGCAGUAAGCAGAUCAGUAAACGACUGCGCAUGGACGGGCGGCUGGGCGAGAAGCUGCGUGCGGCGGUUAAAGACCUGUCGCUCGAGAUGCUGCCGGCGCUCAAAGUGCUGUCCGAGAGCAUUGGGAUGUUGCGUCAGAGUCCGGCGCUGCGCCGCUGGAGCGCUUCGGAUUGGCUCGUAGGGCUGUCGGUGCUCGCCCAGCACAAGACAAAGCAGCGCAGGACGGGGGAACGGCACGACGACGAGUUGAGGACGACACCAGUGACGGUCGAUCAGGAACUACUGUCUAAGUUACUGCGCUACGUUCGCGUGUGCGACGCCGUGUACGCGUCGUCGAUGGACGCGUUUUGUACCGAGGCGGCCGUGUCACGCGAUUGCAUCGUGUGGGCGCACCCGGGCGGUGUAGUGUCGCCCAAGUGCGUGAUUCUAGUCGACCACGAUCACAAAGAGCUCGUGCUCGCAGCACGCGGCACGGCUUCGCUGAUGGACUUUUGCACCGAUCUGUGCCUGUACAAUGAGCCUUUUCAGAAUGGACAAGGUCACCGUGGCAUGGUGCAUGCGGCAACGUGGCUAGUGCACCAUUUACGUAGUGAUCUACGGGAGCUGUCGCACAGGUACCAGGACUAUCGCGUGGUAGCAACAGGCCAUAGUCUGGGAGCAGCAGUGGCAGCACUUAGUGCUAUGCAGUUGCGGGAGGAGUUCCCGGACAUUCAUUGCUAUGCGUUUGGUACACCAGCCUGUGUAACAGAGGAGCUAGCGACUGGCACGUACGACUUUGUGACAACGGUAGUGAACGGAUAUGACUGCGUACCGCGCCUGCACCAACACUCGCUGAUGAAGCUGCAAGAGGAAGUUCGACGCUUUGAUUGGCGAUCCGUGUUGAAGCAGAUGGUCGCCGAGGAAAUCCACAAACACAAGGCUGCAAUGGAGAAGCAUCAGCGAGAAAAGAUCGAUGAAAUGCACAGAGCGUUGCAAACGAUGAACUUUCUUCAAUUGAAAGAGCACACAAACAGCGCUACCGUCAAGCUGGGCGAAGUGAAACGGGCUGCGUCCGAGAACAUGAUGGAGUUCGCCCAUGACGUCGACACGUUGCUAUCGGGCAAACUCGGCGCCACCUUUUCCGUUUUCAAGACGGACAGGCAUUUGUUGGACCACGUCUCGUUCAUCAAGAACUAUACGAAACUGGAGGAUGUUAAGAAAGGUGAUUUUGCGUGGUGGAAGUACGUUGAUGAGAGUGUUGCUUCCGUGGAGCGUCUAUUGCCAGCUGUAAAAAAGCCCGAAGAGCUUGAGCGCGUGCUGGUGGAGCUGCGAGAGGUCCUCCAGAAGACCACUAUGAUUUCAGGGAAGCUCUUGACGCUUGAUGGCACCCACGGCGACGCGACAGAGUCCACGUCGCUGCAGAUCUUUCAUUCUCGAGUGAACGACAUCAUCAGCAAGACGAGUGCGGCGCUGAAGAUGAGCGUCAGCGAGCAAGUGUCGAAGGUGUCCAGUGUUGUGACCUCUAAUGUUAGGCACUGCGUGGGCACGAUCAAAGAAGAAACGGAAGCAUUGGGCACAGUUGUGCAGGACGAGUUCGUUGAAGUGGCGGGUAUGAUUUCCCGUAAUUUGCCAUUCACCAUCGAUGCGAAAAGUAGAAGCGCCUUGGAGAAUCGGUCACCUGAACAAUACGACAAGAGUCACGCCGACGAAGUGCUCGUCGAUGCUGAUCCUUUGCAAGGGGUCAAUGGUGAAAUCGAAGAAAAGAUCGAGGAUAAAUGGGAGGAGGUCCAGGAGGAUCAAAAGAAGCGGGAAGAGGACGACGAGCUGCGCCAUGACCCGUUGUUCCCUCCUGGGCGAAUCCUGUAUUUGAACAGCUCGACAUCCAGACCUACACAGGAUAGCGCUGGCGAUGAUCGCAAAGUGCAGCGCGAUCAUGAAGUACGAGAUGUGAUGGAUUUCGUGGAGGUUGCUACGGAUGAAUUCAGUCGAGUAGUGCUCUCGAAUCGUAUGCUGCUCGAUCACCUCUGCACGGACUACGAGCGAGUUCUCCAGUGUCAAGCCAAGAAGCUGGAGUCGACGCCCAGCAGCACUACGUCAGCGCCCCAACCAUAA